AUGAGCACGUUGAGUCUUCAGCAGGGCCUCACUCGAAAUGUCUCGGGCGGCGGCAUUGCUGGCAAUUUCACCGAGAUUCCAAUCAUUGACCUUGCCCCUUUGACAUGCCCCGAUUCAUCCGCAAAAGACAAUGAACGACUUGUGUCCGAGAUUCGAGGUGCCUGCAAGACAGCUGGGUUCUUCAUCAUUAAAAAUCAUGGCAUCGAUUGGAGAAUAAUUGAGAAUGCAUUUGACGGGCUUGAAGAGUUCUUUGCCUUGCCCCAUGAGGAGAAGAUGAAGAUCCACCAAGAUCAAUCACCAUCAUACAUGGGCUACGAACAGAUGUUUUACACAAACGUCGAUGGCUUGAAGCGAGGAGACAAAAAAGAGGCUGUAAGUGUGGCCUAUAACCCGGAGAUCGAUCCCGAGGGAGUUGCAAAAGCCGCCAUUCCAGAACCUCUGCGACGCGAGAAUUGUUGGCCGGACCGAAGCGUGUGUCCUAAGUUCCAGCAGAGUAUCGAGGCCUAUCAAAUGGCUUGCCUCAGCUUGAUGAGAAAGCUGAUUCGUGUCAUGGCCACCGCACUGGGAUUGGAUGAGAGCUUCUUUGAUAAAAAAACGACGUAUCCCAUUGCCAGUGUACGUUGCCUUUACUACCCGCCCCAAGAGCCCGAGGAAGAAAACGAGACCGGGUUGGGGGCACACACCGACAUCCAAAUGAUGACAUUGAUCGCUCAGAGGCCGUAUGAUCAGCCAGCCUUGGAAGUUCUCAACGCUGCCGGUGAUUGGGUUCGACCUCAAAUCACCGAGCCAGAGUGCUUCGUAGUGAAUCUGAGCGACAUGAUGGCCCGAUUGACCAAUGACGUAUUCCAGAGCACCAUACACCGGGUUCGGAACAAUAACAACAAGGCCAAACAACGAUAUUCUCUCCCCUUCUUCUUUGGCUUGAAUCAGGACGAACUCACCACCACUCUUCCCCAAUUUGUCACAAAGGAAAAUCCCCUCAAGCCAACUUACGAAAGGGGAAUGACGGGCUACGAGCACUACAACAAUCGCCUGCGGAAGGCCCAUACCAAGCACCCAAGUGCAAAGAAUGAUGUUGUGAAUUUGCCUCAUUCUAUGAUAAAGGUCGAUGGUGUUUUAAUCGGAAGUUGA